AUGGAUUCAACCAACAUGUAUGUUCGCACAUCGAGAAAUCUAUCAACUACACCAAUAACAAAUGGCGCAGUAGUGUACGACCAUGACAGUUAUGUCAAUGCAGAAAAUGUGAUUGUGAUUAUCAUAGGAAUUAUAUCAGUAUUGGCAAAUGCGUUCUUGUUGUAUGUAAUGUACAAGGAUCCUCUGAAAACAUUUCGUACAAAAAUAUCCUACUUGGUUGUAUGUUUGGGAACUGCUGACUUACUAACAUCAUGCAAUGGAGUAUUGUACGGUUUCCUAAACCCUAUGAAAAUGUACCAUAUAGCAUUAUGGUACACAUUUUGGGCUACUGUUAUGGUAUCUGUUCUCACAGUAUUUGGAAUGUGUGUUGAAAGAUGGUUGGCGAUUGUAUAUCCCUUCAAAUCUGGUUCGAUUAUUACAAAACAAAUAACGUUGUAUUUUUGUAUUGGAGUUUGGGUCAUAUGUGCUGGUGUUGCAACCUCCAUACAUUUUCUGCCAAAAAUUAUGCCGUUCGUGCUUAGUUGUUUAAUGGAGGUGCUUUUGAUUAUUAUUGCGAUUCUUUAUCUAGUCAUACUUCGUUAUUUUAGGCGAGCACAACAACAAACGAGUGCGGUAGAAAAGGUCACUCCUACACCGCCAAGAAGAGCUGAAAAUGACGAAGAAUCGGCCAAACCAAAACGAACGAAAUUUACCAAAAGGACUGCGAUUGAAACUCAGUUAUUAAUGGUUGUUUCAAUUUUAGUUUUGAUCUUGCUUGUAACAUUUAUUCCAUACAAUCUUGGUACUCAAAUUCACUAUGGCUACCUCUUGUUUAGCAAUCGCCCACAUCCUGAAGUUCAAGUUUUCAUGAGAUAUUUCUUUCCAAUCAAAUUUUUAAAUUUUCUAAUCAAUCCUUUCGUCUAUGCCUGGCGUUUGGAUCAGUAUAGAAAGUCAUUUGCUUUGGUUGUAUGUAACUGGAAUAUGAAUAGAAUGAGAAUGCACAAUAUUUCUUCUACUAAAACUUCAAAACAGACGGUAGAUUCCGAACACAAAAGCUUUACGGUAAGAGAAAUGCAUGUACGAAUAAAUACAAAUUAAGAGAGAUCCAUGAGCAGUAUAGCUCUCUGGGCAAACUUCUUUAAAUAAAUAUAACUUUUUCAUAUCAAUUGAACAUAUUUAUUAAACAAAAACUACAACUAUAUAGUAACGCAUGCCCUAUUUUGGUAGUUGUAUAUGUAACUAGCUAAUAUUAAAAAGAAUGAGAGGAUAUGUGUAUACAUAUAAUGUAAACCUUCAUAUAGGCUCAUAGCAGCAAAAUAAAAAAAUUAAACUGUUAAAACUGCACCAUAUCUUGACAACACAGUGAUUAGAAUAAAUGGAAAUAUUAUGCUGUAUUAGUGAGUAUAAUAAAUAGUGAUUAAUUAUACAUGUUGAAGGGUCGUGUGGAUGGAAAUUAUUGAGUGGAAAUUUAUACACAUUUGUUAGACCUAACCAGGAACAACUGCGAAAAUUGCAACUAUAUAUAGGUCCCUGGCAGCAUCCAGCGAACCUGCGAUUCCGGUGCAGCGCUCUAACAAACUGAGCUGCGACCCUGCGAUUCCACUCGAUAAUAGGCAAUUCCAGCUUUUAGUGUAUGCCUGCAGGGGAUGAUGGGAAGUAAGGUAUCAUAGUGCUGAUUAUGCUGAAAAAUUUCAAUAAAAACUACUGAAACAAUCG